AUGAAUGACUUAACAGGUACGGGAACCAACGCCUGCUACAUGGAGGAGAUGAAGAACGUGAAGCGUGUGGAAGGCGAGGAUGGGAGGAUGUGCAUCAACACAGAAUGGGGCGGCUUCGGAGAUGACGGCUCCCUGAAAGACAUCCAGACGGAGUUUGACGUGGUGGUGGACGAGACAUCCAUCAACCCUGGCGUCCACACCUUUGAGAAGAUGAUCAGCGGUAUGUAUUUGGGAGAAAUUGUUCGGCUGCUGCUGGUGAGGCUCACAGAAGAGAAGGUGCUGUUCAAGGGACAGGCAUCUGAGGCGCUGCUGACUCCGGGCGCAUUUGAGACAAAGUUCAUGUCUGCGAUGGAGGAGGAGGACGGUGGUCUGAAAAACUCCCAGAAUAUUCUGACUAAGUUGGGUCUGAACUGGGACUCUGUCGACUCCCGCGUGGUGCGUCUGAUCUGCGACACCAUCUCCACACGCUCUGCCAGUCUGUGCGCCGCUGCCCUGGCAACCAUUGCCAACCGUAUCCGUGUAAACCGCGGCCUGGACCAUCUGAAGACCACCGUGGGGGUGGAUGGGACGGUCUACAGAAAACACCCCAAUUUCAGCAUUGAUCUCCAGGAGAUGGUGCGCCUCCUCGCCCCUGAUUGUGACAUCACCUUCCUUGUUUCUGAGGAUGGUAGUGGGAAGGGCGCUGCCAUGGUAACAGCGGUGGCACAGCGACUUGCUCUCCAGUCCCGGCUGUUAGAGGACAGCGACGGGGAGAGCGAGGAUGAAGAGGAGGAAGUUGAAUAGAGUAGAGAAGAUGCAGGUGAAACGCAAGACUUAUUCUGUUUUUAAAGCCGGCAGUAUUCUCAUUCAGCUAAAUUUGUUAAUAUGAUAUUUAAGUUUUCCUCUUGCACAACUAAACAAUGAAUCAGACUUCAGUUACCUUUUCAGUUUGCUGUAACAACCUUUGUAAUGUUUCUGAAACAUAACGGUUCCCCGUGGAGUCUUAGACCUCGAGUAGCGUAACGGAGCUUUUUUCUUUGAGUGCCAAAAAAAUCAGGAAAGAAGAAGACUGCAGCUUGUAAACAUGGAUGCAAACAACACAGGAUUUAAAAACGUUAAAUGAGGAAGGAAAUAUAUUUAACAUGCCUCGAAAAUUCACAAAGUAUGUCUUGUUGAGUAAUACUGACUUUAAACUUUAAUUUGUUUACAAGAACUCCCCAGGGCACCUUUAAGCCAAUCAGCAUGACAGCCCAGUGUGUGAUUGACAGGUGAUGUCAGGGAAAUGCAGCACAGUCACCUCUUCAGCAAAUAAGUGAGACUAAAUUUUAAAUAAUCAUAAGCAGAGGGGCACUCAGAGCAUGCAGACCUACACAAAGUCCAAAUGCCCUGUCUCACAAUAUUAACAAAAGUGAAAAAUAAUUUGUUUGUUCACCCUGUGAUUUGGAUCCUCUCCCAAUCCCCCAAGUGUUUUUGUUGUUGAUAUGAGUAAUGCAGAUUUUUUUAAAAAAAAAAGAUCUUUUUGCCUCUUGUUCAAUUUAAAACGUUUUUUUAAUCCAUCACUUAGUUUGCGUUUAACAUUGCUGUCAACUGUUUACAUGAUCACUUCUCUGAUCCUUAAUGUGGUUGAGUUGAAACUGAAGCUCCACAAAAAAAACCUAUAAAACAGAUUUAAGAUGCUAAAAAACGGAUGCUAACUCAAUCAGUGUAAAAUAAAGUAUUCAUACGUUUGGAUUUAUAUCAUACAAAUUAAAACUUUAAGUUCUUGGUCAGCUGUUUUGUAAUUACAAAUCACUUUUUUUUAACAAUCUUAGCAGCUAAGAUGAUAGAGACAGUCAAGGGCAUUAAAACAGAAAUAUGUAUAUCAGCUGAUAUUACAUUAGGAGGAUUACUGGAAACUAAAUGU